AUGCAUUGUUCAAAGGCCCCCACUCAAUCACCAGCGGAAACUAAAUUGAUAUUAGCUAUAUGGCUGGCAGUUGCGUUUAUCCAGUCUGUUCUACUGUUUUCCCGGGGCAACCAGGAGAGUCUGAGCACUGAAGCAAAACAACGACUAUUGUUUCUAUGGGCAGUUCAGAUACUAUGUUGUUUGAUUGUAUUUUUGUGGUCUUUUCAGGACCUUCCAGUAAAUAUCUCACCAAACAAGAGAAAAUGA